GCAUGUAACAAUUACAGUCACCUGUAAAGAAGAACCAUCAGUCUACGAAAUAUGGGAAUGUUCAUAAACUGCUGAAACAGAUUUGCAUCAUAAUUUGAGAUAAUAUGGAGACAGAAUAAGAGAUGAUGAUCAGAUGAUCUGGAAGCAAACCAUUACAUUUCCACAAUGAUGACAGAUUCAGGUACAUUCCACUGCCAACACUGUAAUAUGACAUUUCGGUCUCUUGAUCUGCUGGACAAACACAAAGAGAAGUUCUGCAUUGGCAGUGAAAUUGGGGACCCUUCUGCACUGAGGCAAAGAGUGAACCUAUCACUUGACAAAGGAGAUGAAUAUAAAGUGAAUACCUUGGAUAUGGAGGCAGGGACAGUUACCAGACGAAGCGAAGUGUUUGAUAAUAUGUUGCAACAUCAGAGACAGAGAAAAGCCAGGAUGAGGCACCUAGAACCAGAUAUUCUAACUGAACGAGAGAUGGACCUCCUGAAGGGCUAUGACCAAGGAGUAUCACUCUCGCGUAGCCAAUCACUAAGGCGGCUUACAAAGGAGUUCCAAAAGCUCAGGAUGUCAAUAGAAGAAAGUUUUCCUAAUGCUGGAUCUUGGCAAACAGAGGGUGAAGGAGACCUUCAGCCCAACAGAGAGCUGGAGUACCAGAAUCGUAUGCGUGAGAUGGUUGCAGCUCAUGAAAGACACUUGGCUGAUAUUCAGGACAGAAAUAGAGACUUGGAACAACAGCGAGAAGAAAUCCGUAGACGUCUAGCAGAGUAUGCCAGUCGGGAUAAGCCCACGACAAACAUUGAACAAAUGCUGCUGGAGCUGAAGGCUCAGGAAGAGAAGAACCAAUUGGCUUUGGAGUCCCUGAGGGAGCAGAUAGAGCUCUUACAGAUGGAUGCUGGGUCUAAGUCAGAGGCUGGUAUCACAACCCAUUCUCCUCAUCUGGUGGAAGAGAAGGAAGAAAAACUUCAAUUUAAUUUUAUCCCAUUUACUAUAGGGAAUGGCUCUUUAGCUUCUGAAAUAAGUGCACUGCGUCUUGCCUAUCUGCAGAAUGGAGGAAAAGACCCAGUCAUACUAGCUCAGAUGCAUGAUCUCCAGUCUGAGGCUCAAACCCUGGAAAUGACCACCCAGAAACCAGGAAGGAAGGAAAAGAAAAGAAAACUUCCUAAUGGAACCUUGGACACAGAGCUGCUAAGGAUGGAACUGGAGAACCAACGUCUUGAAGAUGAAAUCUUGAAACUAAAGCUGCAACGUGAGACCAGGAAGGUGGGGGAUGACUAUCGGGACAAAGAGCUUAUGGACAUGCAGCGAGAACAUAUGAAGCAAAUGGCAGAAAUGCAAGCUGAAAUGGAGAUGUUGAAAAAAGAAGCAGGCGGGAUGUGGCUUCGAAGGGGAAGGUGGUCCCCAAAACUGCAAAGGCCACCACCACCACCACCACCACCACCACCUCCACAACCCCCAAUAUCUCAUCAUUAUCAUCCUGCUAUGCAUCCACCAGCUGGUGGGGAGUAUGCGCCCCCUUUUAUUCCAGGUGCCAUGGAUAGAAUACAGCCUCAUGUGCAGUCCAUGAGCAAACACUUGCUGAACCCUGUAGAUGCACUUGGUCCUUCACCAUAUGACCCCGCGGCUGGAUUUGUGGUAUUCUAUGACUUUAUACUUGGCUUAGAUCCAACUGUUAGCCUUGUCCGUCUUGUUGCUGGUCUGUACAGCAAUGGGCAAGAGAUGGGGAAGCCAACAACACUGCCUGCAGUUUAUUGUGAAAUAGGAAGAACCAUGCCGUACCUCACCGAUUCUUAUAAAGGGAAUAUUGCAAUGCUGUCAGCCAAGCAGCCUGUCCCAAGAGUUCGCCCAUUUCCAUCAAUUUGCUUAGUGAUGGAUCUCCAAGCAGCUGGUGGCUUUGAUUCAUAUGGCCAAGAGAUACAGCGCCUUGUCUCCAGAGGCUGGUCUAAGCUUGACAUCUUUGAUCACAAUAAUCAAGUGAUGAGUGGACGCUGGAAAGUCCCAGUGCGAACACUACCAGUACAACCAGCUCUUUCAAUGGGACAGCUGAAUGGUAUUCCCCAGGUUGGCAAUGCAGAAAUCUACGUGCGGAUUGUCAAUGCCAGAGAUGCUGACAUACAAUCAAUGGCAAACAUUGACCCAAGUGAUGCAUCACUGUACAGUUACCCAUCAAUGAUAACUGGCCAUAUUCUACAUCAGGCUGACAAUGUUCCUACUCAGCGCCCCAUCUAUCGAGCUCCAGCCAAUCAGUAUGUUUCUUUUUCUCAUUACGCUGAGUAUGUAGAUCCUCCCCCAGUCCAAGAGCAUCCUGAUGUUGGCAAAAAUAAUCAAAGACCAUCCAAAGUUGUAGUUCAGAGUAAGAAAGCAGAGACAAUUCAGCUUCAGAUGACACCACCUCAGUCACCAAAACGAGUAGAUAAUUCAGAGAAAAGUGUAGGCUUCAUAGUGGAUCGAGUGAAGGAUGCACCCAGUGGAGAUGGCAGCCUAAGACUGACUGGAUACCAUCAAAGGACUGGAAUGGUAAAUUUUAACCAGAACUUUUUUGGGGUUCGUAACAUUCUUGUAAAACAAGAACACAACCAUGCCUUGCACUUUUUCUUAACAUUUCUUGCAAGAAAAAGGAUUUGA